AUGAAGUUCGCUGUCCUAGCUUGUCUAGCCACCGGCGCUUUCGCUGGCACGAUCUUUGGUCGUGAUCUUAGCACAGUUAAAUCCGUCCUUUCAGUCGUUGGCGAUAACAUUGCCGGUCUGGACAGCGCAGUCAAGUCCUUUGAUGGCAAUCCACUCAAGCUUUUGACAGCGUCGGACACUCUGAUCAAGUCACUAAACGAUGGCAAAACCAAGGUCGACAAGUCCAGUGGAUUAUCAAUCAUCGACACUCUUGGCCUUCUAGGACCGAUAAUAGGGCUGCAAAACAAAGCCGAUUCCCUUGUUGCAGAUCUCAAAGCCAAGAAGAACAUAAUUGCGAAGAAUGGAUUUUGCGCCGUGACGCUGUCCCAGACUACCACUAUCAAUACGGCUACUCAGAACCUAAUUAAUUCUGUCGUCGCAAAGGUUCCCGGUCUUCUUCAAGGUAUUGCGAGAGGUCUCACGUCUGGUCUUUCCAAAGAUCUUCGCGACGCGAUGGAUAUAUUUAGCCCGGCAAAUUGCAAGGAUAGCACUCCUCCCAUCACGACUUCGUCAACAGCACGUCCAACGUCCACCGCUCCUCCAGGCACAACUUCUCUCCCUGAUGAUGGUUGUCCUGCCGCUCAGACCGUUACUGUCACUGCCAUCGAUACAAAAGGUUGCGUGCCAACUAAGGCUCUUUUCCUUCGUAGUUGGUAG